AUGAUGGAGAAGCUGCUGGGACUGCUCCUAGCUCUCACCUUGCUGGCUUUCUCCUCAGAAGCCUCCCCGAUUCUGACAGAAAAGGAGGCCAAACAGCUGCUGAGGUCCCGGCGUCAGGACAGGCCCCGCAAACCGGGGUUCCCGGACGAGCCAAUGCGGGAGUACAUGCACUACCUGCUGGCCCUGGAGCACCGCGCAGAGGAGCAGUUCCUGGAGCACUGGCUGAACCCCCACUGCAAACCCCAUUGCGACAGGAACAGGGUCCACCCCGUGUAAGGGCCAGCUCGCAAGCAUCUUGAUAGGCAGUGACCUGGAAAAUGCUGAAACAGGGCGAGGCUCUGCCUUCCAUUUAACCUUAAACUGCGGAAAUGGAUGUCUUCAGACCUGAGGGGCUUGCGACUUUUGUGAGCAAGCCACAGGCAGGGUGCCUUGGGGAUGGAUGACAAAUAUAGAUUCAGCUUCAUUUUACUAACCUGCAUGCUAUCAUGAUGACUAAUUGCUUAGAGUGGAAAGCCUAAGGCCCUCCUGCCAGUCUGUGAGUGUGGACAGAACCCAAGUCCUCUCUGGAAGGAGGGAGCCGGGAGCCUGCUGAUCAGGCACUGGACAGGCUGCCUGCCCUGGGGACCCUGGGGACAUCUUGCUGAGAUGGGGCUGCUGAGUUUUUGGUCAUCUCUUUUUUCCUGCUUUGCCACACUAAUAAACACUGGUGUUUAAUCUGCUGUCUACGCGUCUCUCUCCUUACAAGAAGA